AUGCCUGGCCUGAUCCUGAUCUGCCGUCGCGGCUCCACGUCACUCAAACUUCCUUGCAGAAGUCGUCCUUACAGCUUCCAGGAGCCGGGCACCAGUGCCAUGUCGCAGUUUGACAGCCCGCCGGAAGCGAGCACGAGCUCUGGUCAGCCCAAAGGUCAGUAUGCGCAGGCUCCCGUGGUCACAGAAGACAGUCUGCGCUGGAGGCCAAAAUACGUCUUUCGGCCGCCCCCGUUGGGCCCUGGCUUAGGUCCCGGCGUUCGUCAGCUGCGAGUGCCAGCCAAGCCGAAGAACAUAGUCCAUACUAUCACAGGUUGGGAUCCAUACGCUUUCAAACUCCCCAGCUAUCGGCCAGGACGGAAAAUGAUCACUUUUAUCGUCGUGACGACUUCACUCUACGCUGGCGUACGAUACGAUCGCAAGGAAGCCAAGCGUAUGGCUGCAGAAUAUCUCGAGCAAGUCAAGGAGAUGGGCCGGCAGCCUAUUGCAGGCAUGGAAGAAGUGCCACGGUGUAUCAAUGUGCUCACAACGACCCUGCCUGAGGAUACCGAACGCGACAGAAGCGCAAUCUACUUCAAGAAAUAUAUCAAACCUAUGCUGCAUGCCGCGGGAGUAGAUUAUGAGAUUCACACAGGCAAGAUGCCCGGCAAUCUUGCGCGCAAGCUCAUAGAUGAGAUACGGACGCGCCGACUCGAGGAAGAAGCGAAACGACCGAUCGAACAGCCUGUACCCGGCACAGCAGAUUAUGUUCGUACUGUCCGACGAUUGCAAGAGAUCCAAGGCGGCACGCUCAUCAUCGGCCAUAACACGCUCAAAGAGUAUCUUUAUGCCUUGCGCAAGGGCUGGCUGUCUGAGCUGGAUCUCGUGCAAGCUGCACGCGACAAUGACGAACCAGAUGCUGCACUUUCCGCUAGACUGGCCAAGCUCCACGUAUUCGAUGAUCCUGCCGACCAAUUGAAUUCAGAUGGUCCCAAUGUGGGCAACAUUGACGACGAGCCUGCGCCGCCUGUCUUGACUCGGCUACAGCCGCAGUCAGCCGCACCAGAAGCAGGGUCAGUGUCGAGAUGGUCAAGCUGGCUCAAACCAGCAGUGCAACCACCGCCCUUGCCGGCCUUCGAGCUCAAUCCUCCCUUUGAGGUCGACGCGCCCGAGCCAACUCCUCGCAUCUUGCCCGCACCAGCCCAGCUACCUACUCAGCCGCCGAUAGCUAUCGUAGCAUACGAUCAUCCACUGGGUAGUAUGCGUUGGUGGCCUCUCAAAUCCUGGCGAUUGCUAUUCGGCGAGCGCGAACGCGUGCGACGAGGGGCAGAGACCGCUCUUGCCAUCUUGAACUGCCAUACACGCCCACUCCGAGGACCAAGCGAUCAGAGAUACAUUCUUGCAAGGACCGGUAGUGAGCUAGGCGCCGUAGGAGAGCUAGAAGCGCCACAAGACAAUUUCUUGACUGAAGAGGGCAAGAUGAAGGAUUAUGACUAUACCCCUCUUGAAUCUGGCACGGAUCUCGACAUCGGCUCUGAUGCUGAGCUACACUACAUCAGGGCAUUCCGCAAAUGGCCAGAGACGAUUGCCAGCUCUCGCAAGGAGUGGUACACCCAGCUGCCAAAGAAGUUGGCACUCGCACGAGAGCUUGCCCGAGGCGAUCGAGAGCCCACAAAGGAAGAAGUCAAGUAUCCUCCUAUCACCGAGACAGAGUUACGACAGCAGCAGCUCGACAAGGAGCGUAGAUGGCAGAACGAAGAAGAGGGCUGGAAGGUGACACGAGCGGGAAGCAAAGUUGCAUGGGACGAACGCAUGGAAGAAGCACUGUACUUGUUCGUCAAGAGCAGCGAGGAAGAAUGA